CUGCACUAAGGAUGUUAAAUUCACUCUUAUAGAUACUGCGAAAAAAUUUAUUAAGUGACGAUAAGACAAAUCAAUGUACAUUUAGACAAUCAUAAACCAAGUUGUAACAGCGUUUGAUUUAAAGGUGAAUCGAGAGUAUACUUGAAGAGUGCAACAAAGUAUCAGGAAAUUGUAUAUGAUGAUCUCAUUUGGAAUAAAAGUAUUUAUAGUGGUCCAUUUGGCUGUAUUUGUUCAAUGUCAAACGGAACUAACAAUCGCUGGCCUAUUUACUGAAGUCUCGAACACAAGUUCUACCUUCAGACAAGCAAUAGUACAUGCAGCUGCAAUAGCAAUUGAUGAUGUAAACAACAAAGGAGAUUUGUUACCUGGUUAUACACUAAAGUUACAAUACAAGUCAACCCAGGGGUUUGUCGGGCCAGCAUUGAAUAGUCUUUUUGAGUAUCUCUAUGCUCCAGAUUUGAAAACUGGAAAUGCAAGUAUCAUGGUGCUUGGACCGUUCUACUCUAACCCAUCCCUCGCAACGGCAGAUGUCACAUCAUCUGCGGCAUGGGGUGUUGUUCAAGUUUCUAUGGGCGCAACAUCGCCACGUUUAAGCAACAAUAGGAGAUACCCAUUGUUUUUCCGCACUUGCGGCACUGACAGUGCAUUCAACCCACUGCGUUUGAAGUUACUUAAUGACUUCAACUGGAGGAAGGUUGCCAUGAUUUCCCAACUUACAGAACCUCUUAUAACAGUGGGAAAUCAGAUGAACGACCUAAUGUCAUCAAAUGGAACUCGAGUUCUUACGACUGAAACUUUUGACAAAGAUAUGACGAAUGUCAUGAAUGAAAUACAAGCAUCCAAUGCAAGGAUACUUUUAUCAAACUUGUUUUCAUUUGCGCAGACAAGAGCAUAUUGCGAAGCAUAUCAUAGAGGAAUGUAUGGGCCAAAAUUCUUAUGGAUAAGCGUUGGCCCUGAGUUCAAAACUGUUGACGAAAAUUUAGGUCAAACAAAUUGCACAAAAGAACAGAUUUUUAGAUCGUCGAAUGGUUCUUUACUUUUAUUCUAUCUCAACAAAGAAGUCAAUGUAGAUAAUACUGAUUCUGGACGGACUUUGGAUAGUUUCCACACUGAGUUGAUCAAACGCAUGAAUGGUGCUGACUAUAGGGAUAAAUUCAGAGAUUACUACGUCAAAGAAACUUACGAUGCAGCGUGGUCUAUAGGAAAAGCUUUGCACGCAAGUCAACAAAGUAUACUUCCGAAGAAACUAGAAGAGUUUAAAUACAAAGACCCAUCGAUGUCUAGUAAAUUUGCAGAAGCAUUUAAAAACUUGCAUUUCAAAGGUCUGUCGGGACCAGUUUCAUUCGAAAACAAUGGGGAUCGCAUAGGACGGCUACAAAUCGACCAAUUAGUAGAUGGAGUGAGAAAGCCGGUGGGUAUAUAUGACGAAAAAACUAAAGCUAUAAAUUGGUUGGUCACACAAAAAGAACUAUGGGAGCCGAAGGGAGGGCGUCAACCACUCGAUGGGGACCUAAGCAGAGUAGAAAUUGUUGGUAUUGAUAAAGCUCUUCGAUAUGUAUUUGCCUUCUUUGCGGCAAUGAAUAUUAUUCUCGCAACAAUACUUGUUGUGUUUGAAUGGACGUAUAGAGGAUCCAGAGUUGAUAGAUAUACCAUGCCUGUUAUGAACGGGCUGUUGGCAUUUGGAGCAGUCAUUCUCAACAUUGCUGUCAUCGUCCAGGGUUUUGAUAUGACGCUACUUAAAAAUCGACACAAUUACUUACAAACGUGUCAGCUUGGCUUAUGGUUCACUGCUAUGGGCUUUACUAUGUUUUAUGCAUCUAUGGUUGUCACCAUGUAUGUAACAUACAAACACCAUAGAGAUCGAACCCCACCAAAGGUGAAGUUUGAUUGGAGGCCAGUUGGUGUGUAUGGUAUCUUAAAUCUAGUGGUUAUUUUUAUAUUGGUGCUCUGGAAGGUAACAGACACGUUUGUGCUCAAGGAAGAACAAUUGGACGAAAAGUAUGAUGAUGCUACACAAACUAUCACACAUUACAACACUCAAUACUGCACAUCAUCGAGGGCAAUAUAUUGGCAAGUGGCGCUAGCUUUCUUUGAGGGACUUCUCAUCUUCUCAGGAACGUUCUUUGCAUGGCCAGCAAUAUUAUCUGCACGUGGUUCUUUCACUGACGUACACUUCCUGGCUAUAGCCGUUUUCGUGAUCCUGUUACUUACGAUGAUAGGGGGACCUGUCAUGCUCUUACUUAACUCAACGCCAUCUAUUGAGUAUGGCACAACUGCAGCCUUCAUAUUGACGGGUGUAGCACUAACCUUAUGCAUACUUAUAGCAUCAAAGAUUGUAACAAAACGUCAACGAGAGAAAGCCAGCGCUCCAGUUGAGCCACUAUCUGUCAUUGUGAGAGACCUGCCUCAGAUGGGAGCUAGAACUAACGACGCAAUGGAAGAACUGCAGUCAGCAGAAGCUGAUGCCGGUGUGGGCAGUACGCUGGAACUAGUCGAUAAUGACGCUAUCACUUUACAACGAAAUACUCUGCAGUUUAAGGACUGAAACAUGUUGUAUUUUUUGUUAUCAAACUACAUAGACUUCUUUGGUCGAAGUCUGCUAUUGCACUGAAUACAAAUCACAAUUUAAAACAACAUACACAAAGAGGGUAAAAUUAAUUGAAUUAUAUUAAUGUAUUCCACAAUGUUUUGUACAUUAUUAUGGAGGUAAUUUUAUAAUAAAGAUGUUGAAUACAAAUAUGCUGAUGUGCACUUUUCGAAAUUCAAAUAUACAAGGUUUCAAAGUUUUUUAAAGUCCCCAUAUAAAGUUUAA